CGGGGAGCGCUUAAAUUGUUUCUUUUUGGUUGUGUUUCUGUUAACUACUUUUUUUUUUCUUUCAUUUUUUCUGUUUUAUUAUCACUGCAUUAUGCUUCACAAUUCAUUCAGUAAGUGCAGGUUUGUAUGCGAAUAAGGGGAUCCAGAACCCAGCCUAACGCAGAUUUGGAACCCUUAGAUCUUGAAAUUGAACGCACUUUUAGACAAAGAAGAGCAAGAAGAAGGUUAGUUAUGGCGAACGAUAACAAUAAUAGGCAAGUUGUUGUCCCGCCACCUCCACGUUUGAGGGAUAUCCAACGUCCGGUAAUAGCCGCCAACCCUUCUUGUAUUUUACUUUCUGAUGCCGCAAGAAACUAUGAGCUCAAAAAUAUACAUCUUAAUAUGCUUCCCUCCUUUAAUGGUUUGGGAACUGAGGAUGCAUUAGGAUUCAUGCGUGAGCUUUAUAGUACGGUACAAACUUUUCCUUUAAAUAAUUUAUCCGAAGAUGAGCUUCGCAUGAGAUGUUUUCCUUAUUGCAUGAAAAGUGAGGCUAGACAGUGGUUGUUAAAUUUGCCAGAACGCUCUCUAACCAAUUGGGAGCAAGUUUAUGAUGCUUUCAUGUUCAAAUUCUAUUCUAACCAGAAAACAAUGGAUUAUAGGAGUAGAAUUUGCAAUUUUGUUCAAGGGGAAAGGGAAUUAUUUCAUGAAGCAUGGGAAAGGUUUAAUUUAUUUUUGAACCAGUGCCCCCACCAUCAGUUUUCUGUGUUACUUUUAACUCAAUUUUUCUAUGAUGGUCUUACUCCGAAUUGCCAAACUCUUGUAGAUACUGCUUGUGGUGGUUAUACAGGAGAUAAAAAUGCUAAUGAGUUAUGGGACAUUUACAAGAAUUUGGCUACUAAUUCUCAACAGAAGGCUGUGAGAGGUCGCAGGGCGGUUGUGCACGAAGUGAACGCCCAACCUGAUUUGGCCACACAAUUGGCUGAGCUAAAUAAUCAAAUGAAGUUGUUGAUGACUCGUGAGAGUCCAAGCAGCGAGGUAUGUGCCUUUUGUGGUUCAAUUGGACACAAUGCUAACUUAUGUAUUCAUGCAGGUAUGAAUCAACAACCUGGUGAAGAGGUGAACUAUAUGGGAGCCUAUGGAAAUAAGCAAAAUCAGCCGCAAAAGAACGACCCCUUCUCAAACACAUAUAAUCCAGGUUGGCGGAGUCACCCUAACUUCUCAUGGAAGGAUCCGGGCAAUGCUAGGCCAGUGGGACCUCCUGGGUUCCAGCAAGCACAAGUUACCCCAUUUCAGCAACAAGUAAUGCCUCCGUACCAGUUCCAAAUGCCAGAAAAGAAACCACAAUUUGAAGAAUUAGUCGUGCAGUACAUGGCGAAUCAAGAUGCAACCAUGAAAAAAAUGGAUGCUAAAAUUGACAAGGUGGUGCAAUCUAACCAAGCUUCGAUUCAUACUCUCGAAGUGCAAGUUGGGCAAUUAGCUAGAAUGGUAACGGAGAAGGACAAAGGCAAGCUUCCAGCAAGCACUGAUGUUAAUCCAAGGGACGCAAUGGCAGUCACAUUAAGAAGCGGAAAAAAACUGCCUAACACUAUUCAAGAGAGAAGUCUGGACAAGGACAUUGCUGUCCAAAGGCAAGUUGCUGCACAAGAGGUAACCAGAGAUCAAGUUGACCAGCCAAACACCAAGAAUAAUGUGGUUCAACCAGCUGAAACUGAGGCAGAAAAGCCAUAUGUUCCUCUGGAGCCGUAUGUACCUCCUAUUCCUUAUCCACAGAGGCUGCGUAAGAGGAACCAAGAUAAUAAUUUUCAGAGGUUCUUAGAGAUCUUUAAGAGGUUGCAAGUCAAUAUUCCAUUUGCUGAAGCACUUGCUAGGAUGCCAUCAUAUGCCAAGUAUAUCAAAGAGUUGGUGUCAAACAAGAAGAAACUCGAGGAGUUUGUGACUGUCCAGUUAAGUGAAGAGUGCAGUGCCAUACUACAGAGCAAACUGCCACCAAAGUUAAAAGAUCCAGGGAGUUUUUCUAUACCCUGCACUAUUGGUAAUGUUGUUAUUGAUAAGUGCUUAUGUGAUUUAGGUGCUAGUAUCAAUUUGAUGCCUUUAACUGUUUGCAAAACACUUGGAAUUGUUUAUAUAAAGCCCACUACUGUUUCUUUACAACUGGCUGAUAGGUCGGUUAAGUAUCCACUUGGUGUUGUUGAAGAUGUCCUAGUUAAAGUGGGUAAAUUUUAUUUUCCCGCAGAUUUUCUCGUGCUUGAUAUAGGAAUUGAUUCUGAUACUUCUCUUAUUUUGGGCAGACCUUUUUUAUUAACUGGCGGGGUUUUGAUUGAUAUGCCUCAAGGAAAAUUAAUUUUUCGGGUUGGGGUUGAAAAGGAGGAGUUUACUAUUGCUAAGGCUGUUAAUUUCCCUGCUUUUGAUGAUUCUUGUUAUGCUUUAGACUCAGUUGAUUCUCUUGUUUCUGAAACUUUUGCUAAGCAUUCAUUUGGUGAAUCUCUUGAAGCAUGUAUUGCUCUUAAUUUGAAUGAAAAAGAGGAAGAUUCUGUUUUUUCUGAUUGUGUGAUGAGUUUAGAGGGUCGAGGUUCAUUAACCAGUAACUUUGGAAAGAAAUAUGAGGAUUUAGGUAGAAGCACCCCUCCCCUUCCUCCCUCACAUGAAUCACCUCCACAACUUGAGCUUAAACCUCUUCCUUCAAAUCUGAAAUAUGCAUUUCUUGGAAAUAAUAAUACUUUUCCAGUGAUUGUUUAUGCUUAUUUGAAGCCUGAAGAAGAGGAAAUGUUGUUAUCUCUUUUGAAGAAGUACAGGGCAGCUUUAGGGUGGUCUAUUGCUGAUGUUAAAGGUAUAUCUCCCUCGAUUUGCAUGCAUAAAAUCUUAUUAACAGAUGAUCAUACUCCUUGUGUGCAAGCCCAAAGACGUCUUAACCCUAAUAUGAAAGAAGUUGUGCGGGCAGAAAUUCAUAAGUUGCUGGAUUCAGGUAUUAUCUAUCCUAUCUCAGAUAGCUCGUGGGUUAGCCCAGUUCAGGUUGUUCCGAAAAAGGGGGGUAUUACGGUUGUUAGUAAUGAUAAAAAUGAAUUAAUACCUACCAGGACUGUGACUGGGUGGAGGGUUUGUAUAGAUUAUAGAAAGCUUAAUGCUGCGACCCGAAAAGAUCACUUCCCGCUACCUUUCAUUGAUCAGAUGUUAGAACGCCUAGCUGGUUAUGCAUAUUACUGUUUUCUUGAUGGUUUUUCGGGUUAUUUUCAAAUUCCUAUUGCUCCAGAAGAUGAGGAAAAAACCACAUUUACAUGCCCGUUUGGUACGUUCGCUUUUAGAAGAAUGUCUUUUGGCCUUUGUAAUGCACCUGCUACUUUUCAAAGAUGUGUGAUGUCUAUAUUUUCUGAUAUGGUUGGUGACAUUAUUGAAGUUUUCAUGGACGAUUUCUCUGUGUUUGGCAUGUCUUUUGAUUGUUGUUUGACUAAUCUGGAACGUGUUUUAGCGAGAUGUGUGGAAACUGACCUUGUGCUUAAUUGGGAAAAAUGUCAUUUUAUGGUCACUGAAGGUAUUGUUCUAGGACAUAAAGUUUCUGCCCAGGGAAUUGAAGUUGAUAGGGCUAAGGUUGAGGUUAUUGAAAAGUUACCUCCUCCUACGUCCGUAAAAGCUGUUAGAAGUUUUUUAGGACACGCUGGUUUUUACAGAAGGUUUAUUAAAGAUUUUGCUAAAAUUGCAAAACCUCUUUGUAAUUUACUAGUAAAAGAUACACCUUUUCUGAUGGAUGAAAACUGUUUGCAUGCUUUUAAUGUUUUGAAACAAGCUUUAACUUCUUCUCCUAUUAUAGUUGCUCCUGAUUGGACUUUGCCUUUUGAAUUAAUGUGUGAUGCGAGUGAUUUUGCUUUAGGGGCAGUUCUGGGCCAACGAAGAGAGAAGAGUCUGCAUGUUAUUUGUUAUGCUAGUAGGGUGUUGAAUGAUGCUCAAAUUAAUUAUGCAACUACUGAAAAAGAGUUUCUAGCGAUCGUUUUUGCUCUUGAUAAAUUUCGUUCUUAUCUUGUUGGAUCAAAAGUGAUAGUUUUUACUGAUCACUCUGCAUUGAGGCAUCUUCUAUCGAAGAAAGAUGCAAAACCUAGACUAAUAAGAUGGGUUUUACUACUGCAGGAGUUUGAUUUAGAAAUAAGAGACAAAAAGGGGUCGGAAAACCUUGUUGCUGACCACUUGUCUCGUUUAGAGCAUACACAAGCUGUAAUUCCUGAGAAACCAAUAAAUGAUGAGUUUCCAGAUGAGGGCCUUUGGGCCAUUGAUAAAUCUAUAGUUCCUUGGUUUGCUGAUUAUGUGAAUUUCCUAGUUUCUAACAUUGUUCCGCAGGACCUAAGUUACCACCAGAAAAAGAAGUUCUUUGCCGAUGUCAAGCAUUAUAUGUGGGAUGACCCCUUGCUCUUUAAACGAUGUGCUGACGGAAUUGUGAGGAGAUGUGUGCCCGAGGAAGAGAUGGUCCAGAUUCUCAACGAUUGUCAUUCCUCGCCUUACGGUGGUCAUCAUGGGGCUGAGCGGACAGCAGCAAAAGUUCUGCAAAGCGGCUUCUAUUGGCCAACUCUUUUUAAGGAUACUAGGAGUUUUGUGAUGGCGUGUGAUAGAUGCCAGCGUACUGGAACCAUCGGUAAGAGGCAUGAAAUGCCUCAACAAGGUAUUUUUGAAGUUGAAUUGUUUGAUUUGUGGGGUCUGGACUUUAUGGGUCCAUUUCCUCCUUCUAAUGGUAAGCUUUAUAUUCUUGUUGCGGUCGAAUAUGUGUCUAAAUGGGUAGAGGCAAUUGCCUUACCUGAUAAUACCGCAAAAAGUGUGGUCAAGUUCGUUAGGUCUCUCAUAUCCCGCUUUGGUGUGCCUAGAGCUUUCAUUUGCGAUAAUGGUGUGCAUUUUAAAAAUUCUCAGUUUUUAUCCUUGCUUUCCAAAUUUGGUUGUCAUCUCAAAUCUGGAACCACUUACCAUCCGCAAUCAAGUGGACAGGUAGAGGUUUCCAACCGCGAGAUUAAGUCUAUUCUUGAAAAAACAGUGAACUCAACUCGGAAAGAUUGGUCAUUAAAGUUGCUUGAUGCAUUAUGGGCUUAUAGGACUGCCUAUAAAACACCCUUAGGGAUGUCUCCGUAAAGGUUAGUCUAUGGUAAGUCUUGUCAUCUCCCUGUUGAGUUAGAACACCGUGCUUAUUGGGCUGUCAAAACUUUGAAUUAUGACUUGAAAGCUGCAGGUGAAAAGAGAUUGCUUCAGUUGAAUGAACUUGAUGAGAUUCGCCGAGAAUCCUAUGAGAGCUCUCGAAUUUUUAAAGAAAGGACUAAGGCAUGGCAUGAUAAAAAAAUUCUAAGGAGGGAGUUUAAGGAAGGGCAAGAAGUUUUGUUAUUUAACUCUCGUCUUAAGCUUUUUCCAGGUAAACUGAAAUCCAGGUGGUCAGGGCCCUUUGUUGUGACCAAAGUCCAUCCUUAUGGAGCAAUUGAGAUCGAGGGCAGUGAGAAGAGGCCAUUUGUGGUCAAUGGACAAAGAUUGAAACACUUUUUUCGCGGGGAGCCAGUUUCUAAUGCUGAGUCAAACACCCCCCAUUCGGAUUGACGUAUUUUUUUAAGUGUCUAGCUCUAGACGUUAACUAAAGCGCUUAUUGGGAGGCAACCCAACAUUCAUUACAUUAUCCUUUACUUUUCAGUUUUUUUUUCAGCUUUCUACUUUCUUCCUUUUCUGUUUUUUUCCUUUUGUUUGCAGAAUAAAUGAUGAUCCGAUGAUGGAGCAUAGCUUGGAUAUAAUCCAGCUGAGUUCUUCUAAAUAAAUAUUUCAGGGAGUACUCUUUUCCCUUCCUCUUUUACUGAUUAACAUUGAGGACAAUGUUUUCUUCAAGUGUGGGGGAGGUUGUUUGGUUUUGGCCUUAAAUUUCAGCAGCUUUGAGCUUGAAUUCUUCCCCAGUUUGGACCUUUUAUGGCCAAUGAUGAGUUUAAUGCCUUGUUAGUGUCAAUUUUAGUUAGUUUCUAACAUAGUGCUAGUUUUUUUUUACAAUAUGCCACUGCUAUUCAUAAAUAAAGUAUCUAUGGAUUUUGAGCUUUCUCCUUGUUUCUCAAGUGUGCUGGGCAUUUUUUUUAAAUGUUAAUGCAGUUCUGCAAUUCAAAUAUGUUUUUUUUGGGCAAGGUUUAAACUAUAGAAUGAUGGAAUGAUUUUCUGAAAAGAAACACUUGCCUUUUAACUUUUGAAGUGCAGUUUGUGUUUUCCUUAGAAGGCUGCUAUCCAACUCGUUUUUGAUGUUAAUCGUACUAGUGUCCAGCUGAGUUUUAAAGUUCAGAUUAUGCGCUUUCUUUUAAUUCUUCAAGAAUAGCAUGGUCAUAUGGUUUAUACUAGCAAUAUGUUUGAGUAGCUAAAGUUGAUUCUAACUUGGCAUUCCUGAGGCAAGUAAGCAAAGCAGACCAUGAGGGUCUUCCUGGGAGAAUUCUGAGUAUUCUGUUGUGCUCAAGUUGGACUUUGCAUGUGCUCAUUUUUUUUGCUUGAGGACAAGCAAGACCCUAAGUGUGGGGGAAUUUGAUAGGCCCAAUUUUAUUAUUCAAUUUUAAUAUUUUAUCUUGUUAUUUUGGGCCUAUUUUAAUUCAUUUUUGGGAAUUAAUGACUAAUUUGGACUUCACUUAUUUCUUUAUUAGGAAAGGGAGAAUUUGGAAAGAAUUUUAACUCUUGGGGCCAAAUUGCAAGAAAUGGAUACUUGAAGCUAAAAACAUUCCAAUCAGCACCUUAGCCAUAUUGAAGUGCCGUAUACCUCUCUUAAGAAGGCAUUAGUUUUCAAUUUCCAAGUCUUGAACAUCAUGCGUGAGUAUCUCCUUGGCCCCGCAGCGAAAUUCCAGCCUUAGUCAAAAUUAAUGGGUGUAGUCGUUGGAGAUUAACUUGCCAAUUUUGAAGACCCGAGAAUCUGCCACUCCGUCCUAUAAAACGCAGCAGCGCAGCAGCAGAUAAGGGAGGAGGAACGGAGGUGAAAACUGGAGAGAAAGACAGAGGAACUCAGCCGCUCCUUCAUCGAUCAUCUUCGGUUUUUCAUUCUCUAUUAAUUAGUUAGUUUAAUUUCAGAUUUCCUAGUUCUUGUAUUUCAAUUUCAGAACUUUUACUUUCAUGUUUAUGCUAUUGAAAAGUGAUUUCUUCCAUACCUUGGGUAUGAUAUUUGGCUAGAUUUUUACCCGAGGGAUUUGGGAUUAAAGCUUGGUAAUAAGUGAUUAUCUCUUGUGUUUGGUUCUUCCAUUGUAAUCGACAGAUUAUUUUUCCAAUUAAAUUUAUUUUAUGAAUUUCAUUGAUGAAUUUUGCAUUGAGCUCAUGCUUAAUUCUUAUUGUUAGGUAUAGUGUGAUGCACCGACGGGUGAGGCAUGAUAUUUGAGCCCGUAAAAUAAACAUGAUUCACCUAUACUAGACAUAGUUGGGGAAUUGUGGUGACUUUCAAUUGUCGCUUUUUGGCUAGUUAAGUUUAGUGUUCAAUCGACGGAUUAACACUAGCUUAACCGGUACGCGCUAAUAUCUCGACGGAGAAUUAGCAUAUUUUAGAACCAAUUGUCACUUUAAUUGCUUGAACCAACACUGAGAUUUUCUAUUAAUAUUAAGUGUAUAACCCGAAUCCCGAGGGCCAUUUUAUCUAUUGUUUACUUGAUUUAUUCUUAAUUCUGUUUACUUCUUGCUCUUAUCUUAUCAAAAUCAAAUCAAAAUCAGUUUUUACUUUGUUGAUAGAAACUUAAACCAUUAUAGUUCAAUUUGUGCUCCUCGUGGGAUCGACCCUGGAAUACUCUGGGUUUUACUACGACCGAUCUGUACACUUGCCGAAAAUAGCGGUCAGGAGACCCUUGGUUAAAGGAUCCGCUAGCAUGGAGUUUGUACUUAUAUGUUCAAUAG